AAAGCUCUCGUCAGUCGUUACCAGGGGAAGGGCGCAGGGUUUAAGCACGGUGAAAUACUUACCUUGAACUUGAAGACAGUCAUCGAGUGUUUCUUGAGCCAUAACGGACCAGCCAGCAGUUGCUAAGAGGCGUGUUCGUUGCGAACCUCCAAGCUUCCCCCUUUCUUCACCCCAAAUAAUGCUUAUCCUACGCACCUGCGUCUCUCCUCUUCAACAGCCAAAGCUCUUGAGCUGCAACUUCUCGCGCCAGACCCACUUCUCUGCACCGCUUCGUCCAUUUGCUGCUACGCUGCUGCUGUCUCGCAGAUUUCUGAAAUCAUCUGUUACUUUCGCAAAAGCGAGUCGUAGUGAAGGAACUAAAACCCGGAAAUUGCAGAAGGAAAUUGAAGAAGAUGGUGAAGAUGACGACAACGAUGAAGAAGAAGAAGAGGUCUCAGCUCAAGCUAGAUUCAGAGGAAGAGAAGAAGAGAAGGACUAUGAUCGAGACCCAGAACUCGCCGAGAUUCUUGGCAGUUGUUUCGAUGAUCCACAGAAGGCAAAGGCCCGGGUGGAGGACAGAAUAAGGAACAAAAGGAACAAAAUACUGCACCCCAAAACUGGUUCUGCGAUACCCAUGAAAGUGACAUUCAACAAGUUUGAUUUCUCAAACUCCUAUAUAUGGUUUGAAUUUUACAAUGCUCCCCUACCAAAUGACAUUUCUUUAAUCUGUGAUGCAAUUCGAGCGUGGCACAUUAUUGGACGUCUUGGUGGAUGCAAUUCCAUGAACAUGCAGCUGUCACAAGCCCCUUUGGAUAAAAGACCAAAUUAUGAUGCAAUUCAGGGAGCAAAUGUGACACCAACCACAUUUUAUAAUAUUGGGGACUUCGAGAUUCAGGAAAACCUAGCACGCAUAUGGGUGGAUAUUGGGACUAGUGAACCACUGCUUCUGGAUGUUUUGAUAAAUGCCUUGACACAGAUAAGCUCCGACUAUAUUGGAAUAAAGCAGGUGGCAUUUGGUGGGUCUGAAUUUGAGAGCUGGAAAGAGGAUUUGGCAUCAGAGGAUGCCGGCUGUAGUGUUCACAAGAUUUAAACCACUUCCCAUCCAAAUGAACCAUGUCAUGAGACCAUGGAAACAGAGAAUGAAGAACAAUAUGCAAGUGUUAACCCUACAUGCUACUAGCCUGAAAUAGUUGAGAAGGCACCGAUUAUGAUGCAAGGAGGCGUUUGUAAAUCUACAACCAACUAUAGGAAUACACACUUGAUAGAAUGUAGACCUUUUCAGAAUGUAAAUCUACAUAAGGAGUUGAUUUACAAAAUAGAAUGUAGACCCUUUUUUAUUUUUUUUCCCAAGGAUGUAGACCUUUUAUCUCCUUCUGGUCAAGGAGCAAGAAUGUAGACUUGAUUUACAAAACAGAAUAUGUAAAAUGUGUUUCAACUUUCAAA